CAUUGUGUUUAAGUGUGAGUGUGUUUUGUUUACAACUAGUGAUAUUUUUUAAUAUCAUGUAAUAAAAAUUGAAUUGUGAACUUAACUCUUUUAACGUUUUGUGUUUAUUUAAGUAGCUUCUGGAAUGAUGAACUCGAUCAUAUAAGUAUUUUUGAAGUAUGCAACAAUUCAACUCAAAAAUGGUGUAUUGUUUUUUAUACAUCAUUAAUUAUUGAAAUAAAAUUGAAUUGCUUAGUUAUCAUAUGUAUAUUGUACAUACAAUUGUUGAUACGCUAAAUAAGUUCUAACAUGCAGAGUACUGCUAAAGGUCCCAGAUCUUAUAUGAAGUCUUAUGGUCGAGCUAAGUAUUCUAACAAUCCCAAUAGUGUAGUACAAACAGCCAUUAACUUUGAUAAAUUAUUGUGUGAAAAUACUAACAAGCCAACAGCUGCUAAAUCGGCUGGUACAGUUGGAAAAUGGGGUGUUACAUCUUUCACUUCAAUAAGAAGUACAAAUUUUGUAACAGGGAAAUCUGAAGAAUCUUCUGGAUCGCGAUUCAGUGUUGGGAAAAAGAGACAACACCAAGAAGCUAGUCCAGCUCCUAAAGUUAGUGCACCUGAACCAACUAUACCUAUAGUAAGGCCUAAAAAGUUUUUUAAAAGCCGUAAUACAGAUUCUAAUAGACCAGAUAAAAAAUAUACAUCUCAACCUUCUAAAAAAACUAAAAAUGUUGUUCUUAAAACUCCAGAAUCUUCUCCCGAGAAAGAAGAUAGGAUACCUGAAGUAAAUGAAUUAUCAUUUACUACUUUAACUCCUACUAAAGAUCCAAGUAAACCACCCAUCGUUCUUCGUAUAUUUAAAGGUAAAUCUCAAUUAAUUAAUGAACCUAAUAAUACUUCAAAACCUUUACAAGAUAUUGAAGUACCUGAAAGUAAUCAAGCCACUCCAACAAUAACAACUAGGAGUCUUCGAAGGCGAAAUCCACAAACCACAUAUACCGAACCUGAAACAGAGGAUGUAGAAGAGUCUCCAGCAGUUGUUGUUGAUAUUCCUAAAAAGAGAAAACAAGACAGGCUUAAAAAUAUUGUUCCUGUUCUUAAAAUAAAUAUUUCAAAACAUACAAUUGUAAAUCAAAAUACAUUAAAUCAACCUAAUGUAAAUGAUGAUAUUGAAAAAGAAGAUAUUAAAGUAUUAAUUGAUGAAAAAUCAAAGCUUGAACAACUGGAAAAUGAUCGUAAUAAACUAUUAGCUGUUUUAGAAGGUAGUGAUGACUCAUUGCCUAGCCCUAGAAUUGAAGUUCCAGAGGAACCAGAACUAGAUAAAAUAGAUGAAAAUGAUGAUAUACUCAAACAAAUUGAAGAACAUUUCAAAACUGACAUAGAACUACCAUCAAUAGAUAAUAAUAAAGAUAAAAAAGUAACUGAAGUCUUACCAAACGUCCCACCAAAAUUAAAAGGAGUGUUUGUAGAAACUGAACCAAUUAAAUUAGAUGAUGAUGAAACAACAGAAAAAAUGGAAGUUGAACAGCAUGAAACAGUUGUACCUACAACCAAAAAAUCAAUAUUCAAGUCUAGAAAUGAAAGAAAUAAAAAAGGUAUGUUUCUUUAUAAACAUUCUUGGGUUGAUAAAGAUAAAAAAGUUGAUGAAGAAAAAAAAGAAGAAUCAACAACUAAUCCUAAUUCAAGUGAUAAUUUCGAACAGAAACCAUUACAACGAGUUACAAAAGCCACAGAUGUAUUUGAUGAUGAUGAAUUUAAUUCAGUAACUAGUGUUAAAUGUAAACGGAAGGAAAAAAAAUUUUAUACUGUCGUUCGCAAUGUUAAAAAAGCCCAUCAAAUUCAAGAAUCUGGUGAGUUUCAAGAAUUUAAUGAUGAUGUUGAAUAUAUCCUUGAUGCAUUACAACCAAACAACCCUAUAGGAACUAGAUGUUUAUCAGCUAUUACAUUAGCAACCAAGUGUAUGACACCAGCGUUUAGAAUGCACGUUAAAGCUCAUGGAACAGUUGCAAAAAUAUUUCGAGCAUUACAAGAUGCUACAAAAGAUCAGAGUUUAGGAAUGUGCACUGCUACAGUCAUGUUUGUUUUGAGUCAAGAUCGCUUGAAUAUGGAUCUAGAUCGUGAUUGCCUUGAACUCAUGUUGAACUUAUUGGAAAGUGAUACAAGUCAUGAUCAAGCACUUGAUGAUUGUGGUUUGACAGAUCAUCAAUUACAUAAAACACGAGAACGUGUCAUUCAAUUAUGUUCUGAAAUAAAAUCUCAAGGAGCUGCUAAAUAUUUAAAUACAGAUAAUAUAACUGUUGGUCAGUUGGCUAUGGAAACAUUACUAAGUUUAACUAGCGCUCGAGCUGGUGAGUGGUUUAAAGAAGAAAUGAGACAGCUAGGAGGUCUUGACCAUAUUGUUCGGACGGUUGUGCAGUGUUGUAAACAUGUAGAUUCAAUGACUAAUGUUUGGUCACAAUCUUUACUUGAACGUAUUAAAAAAGUUGAUCGAUGUUUGAGGAUAUUAGAAAAUGUAACAAUUCAAAAUGAAGAAAAUAAUGUCUAUUUACUAAAUUUCGAAAACGGUAUUUUAAUUGAUACAUUAAUUAGAAUGUUUAAAGUGUGUGAUUAUGAAAUUCCCUUGUAUCCCAGUUAUGAUGAAAAUGAUAAAGAUUCAACAGGAGCAGUAUUAAGAGAAUGCUUAAUUGCUAAUUUAAAAGUUCUUAUUAACUUUUCACAUGACUCAAAUCAAAUAACUAAAGGAUCUAAAAUUGGCCAAAAAGAUGGAGUAUUAGACACUUGCUUACAUAUUUUGUUAAAAGUACCAGAAUAUGUCCCUCACGAUGAAAAAUUUGAUAUAAUGUUUUUGACCUUAACAUUAUUAAUUAACUUGGUGGAAAAAAAUAUUCAAAAUAGAAAACUCAUAACUGAAGCUAAAGUGCCUGCAAAAGGAGAUAGUGUUCAUGAAGUGGGUAAAUCAAAUUCAUUUGCUAUUGAAGCUCUAGUAAAAAUGUUCUUCCAACAAGAAGAGUUAGCCAAGACUGAAGAAAAAAAGACUGAUGAAAUUUUAGAUGGCGAAAAUAAGCAAACUGAAAAACCAUCUAAAGAUGCUCCACUUAAAGCUCAUAAGGAAUAUAUUGAAGAAACAAUUGCAUUACUUGUUGAAAAAGCUGGACAAAAUAUGCAACAUACCAUGAUAUCAUCAUAUAUUGCUAUUCUUUUGGGUUACAUAACAAUGGAUGACAAAAAUUGUUUAGAAUUUGUUAGCAAACAAUUACCCGAUGGUCGAUUUACAGCAAUGUUGGCUGUAUUAGACAAAUAUUUUAACUUUAUGAAACUUACAGCAGCUCCUGGUACCAGAGGUAUUAAAUCUGUAGAAAUGAUCAUUAAACAUUUAACUAAAUGUGACAAAGAACAAGCAGAACUUUUGGGAUUACCUGGGACUUCGGGGUAAUAUUUAAACUUAAAAUUUCGUUAAAAAGGCAAAUAUAAUGACUAAGUAAUGUACUAUAAUUUUUUACUUUAUUGAUAAGAUGUUUAGCUAUGAUAAAUGUAUAUGUAUAUAUAAUAAUUUUUUAGUAAUAUUAAUAUAACUUAUAUCUGUUUUAUUUAUGAAGUAUUAUGACCUUGUUAAACGUAUGGAAUAAUGCUACUCUUUCCUAUUCUUUACUUUUUCAAUUUUUUUAUCUCAAAUAUGUUAAUGUUUUACAAUAAUAAUAACCAUUUUUCACAAAAAAAAACAUGAUUUGUUGAAUUUAAAAAUAGAUUGUUAGUUGUGUUCAUAGUACAUUUUUAUUUUAUGUUUGUCUUUAAUUAUUAUGUUUAGCCCGUGAUUCAAAUUUGCUAUUUAUUUAUUAACUGUAAUUUGUAAUAUAAUUUUACUGGAUGAUUUUAAUUUUAAAUGUCUGAAUAAUAAGUUAUGCCAACAAUAUAACUAUUCAUUUCAAUUCCAUUGUUAAUUUGAUUGUAAUUAUUGACUUCUAAUUGUAAAAUAUUAUUAAGUAUUCAUUUAUGGUAAUAUAUUUUAUUAUUAUUUUUUUUAAACAAAAACUAUAAUUUUUUAAAAUAUAAAAUAGUCGUAACUUUUAAUUUAUAUUUAAAUUAAAGGUAUUACCAA